CGGUUAUCACCAUUUCGUCAGCGGUAUCAUUGAAUGAUCGUAUAAAAAAUUAUGUAAUUUGUGAAAAUAAUGCUAAUUAUAACCCUAUCCAAUAAUUACUCUUAUGGUUAAAUUGUUCUAAACGUUUCCCUUCGAUAUAUUCCAAUAAGAUGAAUAAAAACCACCACCGUGCGCAGCAAAAACUCCUCAAAGAGAAGAAACCCGAACAAAGUGUUUUACGAAAAGCUUUCACCAAAUGCUCUCAAUGGGAUGAUAAAGAUGAAUUCUUAGAUGUGAUAUAUUGGAGUCGUCAGAUCAUCGGAAUCGUAGCCGGAAUCGUUUGGGGUUUGAUACCAUUGAAGGGGUUUUUCGGUAUAGCAUUAUUUGUAGCUGUCAAUGCUGGAUUACUGUAUUUAUAUUUUACCAACUUUCAAAAAAUUGACGAAGAAGAAUACGGUGGUUCUUGGGAAUUGACCAAAGAAGGUUUCAUGUCAUCGUUCGCCGGUUUCUUGGUAAUGUGGAUAAUAAUCUACACCGGUGUCCAUCACACCUGACCUUACUCACGUUAGCUCUGCCGAGUUGUAUAUUCCACACUUUCCACAACCAGGUGCAAAGUAUUAUCGUCGUACGUACUUUUUUCGAGUCAUUUUGGAUUAUUACCUACAUGAGCAAUCGUCUAUAUGGAAGAAGAAUAAGCUUUUGUAUCGAAUUUUUAUCCUAAAUUUAGAGCUUGUAAAAUAAAUCUUUUUUUUCCACAA